AUGAAACACCUCAAAGCCCUACUUGUAGCAAACCGGGGCGAGAUCGCCUGUCGACUUCUGGUAGCCGCAAAGAAGCUUGGCAUUCGCACGGUCGCUAUUUACACCGAAUCGGAUUCACAAUCGGGGCAUGUUGGCACUGCUGAUGAGGCAGUUCUCCUGAUCGGGGAGGCCAGAGCGGCGUAUAUUGAUGGUGAACAGAUUAUCGCCAUCGCUAAAUCACGAGAUGUGCAGGCCAUUAUCCCCGGCUAUGGGUUUCUCUCCGAGAACGCCGCCUUUGCCCGGGCUGUUGCCGCGGCGGGCCUGAUCUUUGUCGGACCCUCGCCCGAGGCUAUCGAGUCCUUCGGUCUCAAACACACGGCCCGGGAUCUGGCGCUGGCGGCGGGCGUACCCGUAGUGCCCGGAUCCCCGGGCCUUGUUCAGUCGGAAGAUGCCGCUUUGGAAAUGGCUCAACAGCUCGGCUAUCCGGUGAUGCUCAAGGCCACCGCGGGCGGGGGCGGCAUGGGCCUGAUGGCCUGCACCAACGAGGCAGAGCUGCGCCAGAAUUUCCAGUCGACCAGAUCCCGCGGAGAGUCGUUGUUCAAAAACGCGGGCGUCUUCCUGGAACGGUACUAUCCGGAUAGUCACCACAUCGAAGUGCAGGUCUUCGGCAAUGGGCAGGGAAGAGCCAUCAGCAUCGGGGAGCGGGAGUGCUCAAUUCAGCGCCGGAACCAGAAGGUUGUGGAGGAGUGCCCCAGUCCUUUUGUGACGCAACGGUUCCCGGAGCUCCGGGCCAAGCUGACAGAGGCCGCGGUGGCGCUGGCGGAGAGCAUUCAGUACGGCUCCGCCGGCACAGUCGAAUACCUCGUGGAUGAUGUGUCUGGAGACUUCUUCUUCUUGGAGAUGAACACGCGACUGCAGGUGGAGCACGGAAUCACUGAGAUGUGCUACAAUGUUGAUCUGGUCGAGCUCAUGUUACAACAAGCAGACUGCGAGCUCGGGGAAUGCGGCGGCAUUCCAUCGGAGGAGCUGGAGGCCCGGCAAACACAGUGGCUGGAGCCACGUGGUCAUGCUAUCGAAGCACGAGUCUAUGCCGAGAAUCCGGCUAGGAGCUUCGCGCCUAGUCCGGGUCUACUGCAGGAGGUGAGGUGGCACGAGCCCCCCGGAACCCGAAUCGACACCUGGAUUAGGGCUGGUCUCACGGUUAGCCCCGACUAUGACCCCCUCCUGUCCAAGAUCAUGUACCACGCAUCCACCCGGUCCGACGCGGUGGCUGGAAUGGCAGAGGUGCUGGCAAAGAGUGUCAUUUGCGGCCCCCCAGUCAAUCUCGACUACCUCUCAGCGAUUGUCGACGACGACCGAUUCCAGAAGGGCCAUACCAUUACCAAGUUCCUCGACUCGCUGGACUAUGCCCCUGCAGCCAUUGAUGUCAUUUCUGGCGGAUCAUACACCCUCGUGGAAGAUUAUCCCGGGCGGCCGUCCGUUGGUCACGGAUUUGGUCAUGCCGGUCCGAUGGACCCGAUCGCUUUCCAAGCCGCCAAUAUCCUCGUGGGAAACCCUCCGACCACAGAGUCGCUCGAGAUCACCCUCAAGGGCCCCGAGCUGUUGUUCCUCGGAGACGCGGUGGUAGCGCUCUGCGGCCCUCCCGUCCCUGCUACGCUGGACGGUCAAGAGAUUGUCCAAUGGAUGCGUGUUAGUGUCCAGGCAGGUCAGACGCUCAAAAUCGGGAAAUUGGCCGCGCACUGCCGUGUAUACCUGGCUGUCUAUGGCGGAUUUCCUAACAUUGCGAGCUGGUUCGACAGUAAAUCAACCAACCCGCUGGUCGGAGUCGGCGGGUACCAAGGUCGACCCCUUCGCGCUGGCGAUUUCCUGCACACAGUCUCGCGUGACCAGCUUCCGGAAGCACGAGCCAUCAGUAUGCCACGCUCCAUGAUUCCCCAGUAUUCUAACGACUGGGUGAUUCAAGUCAUGCCUGGCCCAUACGAGACCGGUUAUCUGACCCUCAAAGACAUCGAGAUGUGCUUUUCAACAACCUGGAGGGUGAGCCAUAAUGCUGCACGAGGUGGCAUCCGCCUCAUUGGGCCGAGACCGGAGUAUGCGCGUGGCGGUGGGGGCGAUGGAGGGUCCCACCCGAGCAACGUCUUCGAAUAUGGAUACCCGAUGGGCGGUCUGAACUGGACUGGGGACGAGCCGGUCCUAUUUCCAGUGGACUGUCCGGACUUCGGUGGCUUCCUGUGCAGUCUGACCGUUAUACGGGCGGACUUCUGGAAGCUCGGCCAGCUUCGCGCUGGAGACACCCUCCGGUUCCACCGGGUCGACCUCGAUACUGCACUGGCGUGUAGGCGCCGACACGAGCGUUUUCUGCAGAGAAUGGCUUCCUGUGUGGCGAAUGGCUCGUGGGAUGAUGCUGUCGCUUUCGAUGAUGCGGCGCUGAAUUUCCUUGCGUAUGCCCCGGGACAGGACGUGGUGGCUUCCCUGGAGGCGACUGAGACGCAGCCCAAGGUGACCUACCGAUCUGGAGGGGACGACUACCUCCUCGUCGAGUACGGCGAUGGCAAGAUAGACCUGGAGAUGAAAUGUCGGUCGACAGCGCUGAAACGCGCCCUCGAGUCGGCCACCGGGGCGGUCUCCACCAACCGGAACCAAGGCGGCCAGAUUUACAACCUGGUCGCGUGCGGGAGCUCGUUGGCCGUCUGGUACAACGGCCUGGGGCUUGAGCGAGCUGAUAUGGUCCGCGGACUGAUCGAGAUUGAACACACCCUUGGGGACAUGCGCCAUGUCCGUUUUCCCAUCCGUCGGUACCGGCUGCCUGUCACCUUCCAGCACCAGAAACUGGUCGAGAUGCUCGAGCGCUACACGACCACCCAGCGGGCGACCGCAGCUUACCUCCCGGACCCCUUCGCGUAUGUAGCCGAGUUCAACGGCCUGACCCCGCAGGAGCUGAAGGAGGUCCUGUUGGCGGCCGAGAACGUCGUCCUCGCAGUGGGGUUCAUCAUGGCCUUGCCCAUUGCCGUGCCCCAAGAUCCCCGCCACCGCAUCCGCACCCCCAAGAUGAAUCCCAGUCGCAACUACACCCCCGCCGGCUGCUUUGCCCACGGGGGCUCGUCAAUAUGUCUUUACCAGGUCGAUGGCCCCGGGGGGUAUAUGCCCCUGGGAAUGUCUCUACCAACGCUCGAUCUCUACGGCACGAACCCAGUCUUCCAGCAGCAGCCCUGGCUGAUCCAGGAUAUGAACACGAUCAGCUUCUUCGAAGUGUCAGGGGAAGAGUACGACAGGAUAGUGGCGGACCUUCAGGCGGGACGGUAUAAAUUUCAGGCCGAGGAUGGUGUCUUCGACAUGGCCGAAUACCACCAACUGCAGAAGGAGACCGGGGCAGAGAUGGAGGCAAUUCGGCAGAAGCAGCUCGUGGCAGCCACCCAAGCCACGGCAAGGGAGAAGGCUCUCCUGAAUCAAUGGCUGGCGGAGAAAGAUGCAAUGGUGCCUGACGACGAUGAGGUAGCACGCUUACUGCAGGAUGCGACAAUUCAAGCGGUCGAAGCCCCAACCAGCGCCAACGUGUGGAAGGUCCUUGUUGAGCCGGGCACUACGGCGACCGAAGGCCUAACCCUCGCGAUAUUGGAGGCCAUGAAAAUGGAAAUCAAUGUCGAUGUAGCUGCGGAAAUGGCGGGCGCCACCGUGGUAAAGGUCUUGAUCCAGCCGGGGGGUAGUGUGCACAGUGGUCAGCCGAUUGUACUCCUGCGUCAACAAGCACAAGAAGUUUGA